ACUAUUUAUUAUUGCACAAAAGUUGCCACUUUUCCUUAACCGUCAAAGAUAGAGUUGAUGUUAUUUGUGUAAAUGAUAUUACAAAAUUUAUUGCAAAAUAGUAAAAUAUUUAAAUUUAAAAUAUAUAUAUAUAUACAUAUAUUAGAAAUAAGUUUCAUGUAUUUUAAUCUAUUAAAAUAUGUAGUCACAGAUCAUGAUAUACGUUCUCGUCACAGAAGGAAAUAGUUUGCGAGCUACUACGUUGACCAGCUGUUUAUUAAUUUAUUUAUCGUCCUGGAGUAAUGUGUUGAUUAACAACGUCAAUUGUUCAUUAAAGUAAUUAAGAAAUAAAUGUAAGGAAAUAGUUUUUAACAAAUACAUUAUCAAUUGGCAUACACAAAACAAAUCUUCUCCGCCACAUCAGCAUUGCAGUGCUCCACAGUCGGUAGCUAAGUAAGUAAUGUGCAAUAAAUUCGUAUAAUUGAUGAGACGGUUCAUUGGAAUAAAUUUUACAAUGAGGGUGCGCGUUUCCUAAUUUUUAUUAAAUUAAGCUCGAUUUGUAAGCUUAAUACAGUGCACAAAUGCAUUUCCUGGGGCGCGCUAAUCACACACAUAACCCGAGUUACAGUUCAGCCACACCAAUCCACAAUAAUUCUUACGAAUAUCGACAGCUUGAAAGCACCCCGCGCACGUCACAUCACACAAAUAUAUCUCAUUCACGUUCCGUGAUGUAUACACGCGAUUGGCGUUCAGCCCUACGUACACCACCUACAUACAGAAUUGGAAAUCGGACAUUACGAUUCAAUUUCCACUUUGCGCUAUUAAUCAUUUGUGCAAUUGUAUUAUGCUUCUUAUUUGCUUACGUUCGUACGGGAUCACAAUCUUCUUCUGAUGCAGCGUGGCUCAAAACCUAUAGUAGUUCUACACGUAGUAGUACAUCUGAUAAAACACCAAACAAUAGCGAUGCUGAGGUUUAUAUUGCUAAAUAUCCACUCACAGCUCCAUUUGUUGGGCAUGCCAACGAGGUAAUAUAUCGCAUAGCUAUAGUAGCCGAUUUGGACACCAAUUCGAAAGUUCUUAAAAAAGACGGAAGCACUGUAUGGCAAAGCCGUUUGAAAAAGGGACAUUUAACAUAUCGUAGAUCAAAACCAGAAAUUACAAUUAAAUGGAACGGCGGAGAACCUGUAAUAUUAGAAUCUAGCUUUUCUCUAAAAGGACGUGGCAUGGAAUUAUCGGAGCUCGUAACAUUUAAUGGAAGAUUACUUAGCUUCGACGACCGGACUGGUUUAGUUUAUGAUAUUACUAACGAUAAACCAAUUCCAUGGAUUAUAUUGCUUGAUGGAAAUGGGCGAAAUAGUAAGGGUUUCAAAGCAGAAUGGGCUACUGUAAAAGAUCAACAAUUAUAUGUUGGUUCGAUGGGCAAAGAGUGGACGACAAGUGCUGGAGAAUUUGAGAACGAAAAUCCAAUGUAUGUAAAGGUAAUAUCACCCAGUGGUGAAGUACGUUCAGUGGACUGGGCAUUCAAUUUUAAAUUCUUGCGUCAAGAAGCAAUGCAAAUAAAUUGGCCGGGUUAUAUGAUACACGAGAGUGGCGUCUGGUCAUCCGUGCAGAAGAAAUGGUAUUUCCUUCCAAGGCGCUGUUCACGUGAAAAAUACAACGAAACGCGGGAUGAGCAUAUGGGUUGUAAUUUGCUCAUAUCAGCAGAUGAACGUUUUACAAAUAUCAACACCGUCACACUGGACCCUUUAAACACUUCUCCAACACAUGGGUUUUCGAGUUUUAAAUUCGUGCCAAAUACUGAUGAUAAAAUAAUAGUUGCCACUAAAAGCGAAGAAUUAGACGGCAAGACAUCGACAUUUAUUACAGCUUUUGAUACAGAAGGGCACACGAUAUUACCGGAGCAACGUAUUGAUACAGAUUUGAAAUAUGAAGGCAUCGAAUUUAUCUAGUAUGUGGAAUGUAAAAAACUGCAAGCAGCAUGAAAUAGUAUUUGUUUUUUUACACUUAGAAAAAACUUGUAUUAAAAUACUUUGCCGAAAAAUGUUCAUACCAACAAGCGCUACUAAUGAAGCAGAAUCUGGGCCCAGUUGUAUAAAUACUAUAUUUUACGCAGUUAUUUAGAGUAUUUUUUGUUUGUAUUGUAUCUUAUGUUUUUUAUUUACCUUAGAAAACGCUUACUUUUAAUAUUAUUCUUAAGCAAUGCAAAUGCGUAUUUCUAAACUUUCAGUCCUAAGGUCAAAUAUGAUAAGUGCUACUUGUGUAUAAGAUUUCUCAAAAACAUAAGUAAAAAAUGUGAUCUAUCGUUACCAACUUACGCAUUAUUUUGUACAUAUUAGAACUAAGUAAAUAGUUAAAUAAGGUCAGAAUUUGCUACAUUAAUCCAAACAUACAAUAAUGCUCGGAAGUAAUAAAUAGAAAUGGCGUAUGCAAUAAAUUUAGGCACAGCGAAUUUUAGUUACAAAUUUAUAAAUAAAAAAUAAAUAAAAAAUUCAGAAAUAACGAAACUUA